GUUAUCUUUCCCGUUCCUAGCCCUCUCUGCCCUUAACCAAAUUCAAAACAAAGAACAGCAUUUUUUGUUAUUUAUUUUUUGACAAAGAGCUGGGUGUUUAUAUUCGUUGACACAAUGAUUUAAUCAAAUUGGAACUGCAACAUUGCUGCUUUUUGGAGAUUCGUGGACCAUGGCAACAAAAGGAAAUCCAGGGGAUAACAGAAGUAGAAGCCCUUUAUCAUCAUUAUUUAUUGUAGCUGGACUUUGUUGUUUCUUCUAUAUUCUUGGAGUGUGGCAAAGAAGCGGUUUCGGGAAGGGAGAUAGCAUAGCUCUUGAGAUAACAAAGAAGGCAGAGGACUGCGGCAUCCUCCCCAAUUUGGAGUAUGAAACACACCAUGGGAAUCAAAGUAGCUCAUUCGAUGAUCCUAACCAAGAAAUCAAGGAGAUUGAGCCAUGUGCCGAGCAAUAUGUUGAUUACACACCAUGUCACGAUCAAAUGCGAGCAAUGACAUUUCCUCGAGAAAAUAUGAACUAUAGGGAGAGACACUGUCCUCCGGAGGAAGAGAAGCUGCAUUGUCUCAUUCCAGCCCCAAAAGGAUAUGUGACUCCUUUUCCGUGGCCAAAGAGUCGUGACUAUGUACCUUUUGCAAAUGCACCGUACAAAAGCUUAACAGUUGAGAAAGCAGUGCAAAAUUGGGUCCAAUAUGAAGGCAAUGUGUUUAGAUUUCCAGGUGGUGGUACACAGUUCCCUAAUGGAGCAGAUGCAUAUAUUGAACAGCUUGCUUCUGUGAUCCCAAUAGACAAUGGUACAGUACGAACUGCAUUGGACACCGGAUGUGGGGUUGCAAGUUGGGGUGCAUACCUUUUCAAGAAGAAUGUUCUAACCAUGUCGUUCGCACCAAGGGACUCGCAUGAAUCUCAAGUUCAAUUUGCUUUGGAAAGAGGUGUUCCCGCAGUUAUUGGUGUGCUUGGAACCAUAAAAUUACCAUAUCCAUCUAGAGCUUUUGAUAUGGCUCAUUGUUCACGUUGUUUGAUUCCGUGGGGUGCAAAUGAUGGACAGUACAUGAUGGAAGUCGACCGAGUGCUCAGACCAGGGGGCUACUGGGUACUUUCAGGUCCUCCAAUUAACUGGCGGAGUAAUUAUCAAGCGUGGCAGCGUCCCAAAGAGGAGUUGGAGGAGGAACAGAGAAAGAUUGAAGAAAUAGCUGAACUUCUCUGCUGGGAAAAGAAGCAUGAGAAAGGUGAGAUUGCCAUAUGGAGAAAAAGAGUAAACAAUGAGUACUGCAGGGAACGAGAUUCUCGUGUAACUCUAUGUGAAUCCUCGAAUGCAGAAAAUGUCUGGUAUAAGAAGAUGGAGGCAUGUGUAACUCCUUAUCCUCAGACAACUAAUUCAGACGAAGUUGCUGGUGGGGAACUUAAGCCGUUCCCACAGAGACUUAAUACUGUUCCUCCGAGAAUAGCAAGUGGAUUUGUCCCUGGAUUAUCUGUUGAGUCAUUCCAGGAGGACAACAAGUUAUGGAAAAAGCAUGUGAAUUCUUAUAAGAGAGUUAAUAAAAUCCUCGACAGUGGGAGGUAUCGAAAUAUACUGGAUAUGAAUGCUGGCCUAGGAAGUUUUGCUGCAGCACUUGAAUCACCCAAGUUAUGGGUCAUGAAUGUUGUUCCAAAUAUAGCUGAACAAGACACUCUUGGAGUUAUAUAUGAACGAGGCUUGAUUGGAAUAUAUCAUGAUUGGUGUGAAGCCUUCUCUACAUAUCCUCGCACAUAUGACCUUAUUCAUGGAAAUGGAGUUUUCAGCUUAUACAAAGACAAAUGUAAUGCUGAAGACAUUUUACUAGAGAUGGAUAGGAUUCUUAGACCAGAAGGUGCAGUCAUAUUGCGAGAUCAUGUAGAUGUCCUCACUCAAGUGAAAAGAAUUGCGUCCGGUAUGAGGUGGAACAUAAAAAUGGUGGAUCAUGAGGAUGGUCCUCUGAUCUCUGAGAAGGUGCUAUUUGCUGUUAAAAAAUACUGGGUUGUAGGGGAUAACAACUCAACUGUCUCAGAGUGAAUAGCAUUGGCUUAGCAGCAUUUUUGGCAGAUAAUAGCAGAGCAGCUAAUGCUGCAGUAUUUGGUUCAUUGCCAGAGUUAAUAUUAUUCUUUUACCACUGGAGUUCAGAUUGAUGAAUGAAGCAGAGAACUCUGAUAAUUGUCAUGGUAACCAUUUCUCAUUUUCCAUUUUGACAGUUGCAGAACAGAAAAUGAAUAGGUUACUCAUGGCUAGUUUAUUUUCUUACAAGGCUUCCUUUUUAUUGUUGCUUAUUAUCAUUAACAUUAUUGCUAUUAGUUCUUUAGUUCAUUCAUGGGUUGUAUCAUAUCUUUUCAGCAAUUUUCCUGUAAUUCCAGCCAAGUAAAUUGAACUUUUAUGGUAAAAGAUCAAGUUAUUUCUUUUGA